AUGGCUUUCUAUGGCUUCAAGGGAGAUGUCGAUGAGUGUUACUGGACUCCUUAUAUGAGCAGUACUUGUGAUUAUGAUGCUCUUCUUCCACCUCCAGCUUCAUUAGCAUAUUCUUCAUAUGAGGUGAAUGAGCCAAGAUUAUAUUCUUACAAUUUCUUUGAUUCUUAUGCCACUCAACCAGUACAGAACUACUCUGUGCAUAGUUUUUCUGAACCGAGGCUUAUCCAAUAUGAGCCACCUCCCUCCUAUGGUGUUGAUUCCUUUUAUUCUCGGACAAAUUACACAGUCUCUUACUCCACCUUAGAGUUUAACGAGCCUGAGUGGGAUGAAUAUGAUCCAACACCUUAUGGUGGCGGCUAUGAUCAAACUCAAACCUAUGGCAAACCUCUUCCUCCCUCAGAUGCAAUCUGUUAUCCUCGUUCCACCCCACAACCAAAUGGUGAAUUGUUGGGCGGCUUUUCAUAUGCAUCCAUUCCUUCAGCUUAUGGAGAAAAAGAUGACCAUUCAACGAAGCCUGAUGAUGGACGCAAGCCUACUGACACCAAAGAGCAAGAGCAAGAAUCCCUUGAUGGUGAUGCAGAUACUGUUACCGAGGGAACUGAUGACAAUGUUAAGGACGACGACGAUCUUGGGAAACCUCUGGAGGAAAAACUUGGUGAUGUUGAUGGGAAAUUGCCGGAGCGAGAACCCCGGGAUUUUGAUGAAAUUCCUUCAUCUGAUUAUGGAAGAAACGGUGGAUAUGGUCAUGAAUGGAACAAGCAAGUACCAUAUAUUCCGUAUGGUUCUGGUUUGGAAUCUCUGGACCUUUGUGAAAGUAUAUUCGGUUAUUGGCCCUGCUUAGCCAAAAUCGAACGGCAGCAGAAAUGUCCAGUUUGUGAUGAAGCAAACAGAAAUGACCCCUGGAAAAGCACAGCAGAUUAUCUUUUCGGAAGUCCCUAUGGAUAUGGUGAGCAACAGGAUGGAGGUAGUGGAAAUUAUUAUGAUAGAAGCGGAAGUUAUUAUCAGUAUCAACAUCAGUACCUACAGCAAUGA